UUGGUGAGUGGUAGACCUGGCAACACUGCAUAGAGUAAAUGUUGCAAUGUUCUGAGUAAAUAUAACCUAAUGAACACCGAAAGACCAAAUAUUUUGGAAACUGUAUUUACCUAGAAUAAUCUCAAGAAAAUGAAGAGCUUUUUAAUUUAAACUGCAAAAUAUUAUACUUGGUUUUAAGUGUGACAGUUACAUUUAGGUGUAUUGCUUUAACGGUGAUUGUGUGAAAUGUUAGGUUAUUGUUGGGGGUAGGCUUAUUUAUUUGUUACUAACGUUGGGUAGGUAAAUGAAAAAGUUUGCCAAAAUGUAUAUCAUUCGUUUACGUAGAAAUGAUACACCAGUACUCUUUAAGUGCAUUAGAAAAAUGCUCUGUACGACACACAACGACGGAGAAUACACAAAGACCCCAGAAUAUCCACCGAUUCUCGAUAUGUCUUUCAAAGCAAGAAAGUGGCGCGAAGUUCAGAGUUGGCAUGAAAAAAUAAAGAAAUUACCAACUGUAGAGGAAAAGCUUUUUGAAAUUAAUAUGCCAAGGUAUUAUGGUUGGCCAUGUUUAGUGCUAGAAGAAGGCGUGAUUCCUUACAAUUCAUUAAAGUUUUUACAAUAUGCCACAAGAACUCAUCUGAUUGAAACAGAGAGUUUGCCUGAACAUUACGCAGGGGCUAUUGAUAGUUGUGGUAGUGAACUGUGUGAUACACUUAAGUCUCAGAUAGAAGAUGCUUUGCUUUUUGAGAUGUGUGAUUCGAGAAGGCGGAACCAUGACUUACUCACCGAGGAAGAUGACUAUAUCACUCCCGGAAAUGUUGAAGACAUUUUAGCUGACAGUGUCAUUAGUCAGAUCAAUAAUGUAAUUAUAUCGAAUCUUGCCCAAAGGUAUCCCCAUUUGUUAACAGCACAGCUUGAUUGCAAGCCGAGGCUGGAAUCGUUCUGGUUCUUGGGUGGUCUGCCCCCUACCGAGAGUGUCCGCAAGUCCAAGGAGGGAAGGAAAUGGCAAGCACCUAUGGCGAACGACCCCGUGGACAGAACUUUCCAGUACGUUGGGAAACCCUCGCUGCAGCUGAGAGGGGAUUUGCCCCUGCCACCAUUGAUGGACUUGGCAGAGUGCAAGAGUUCCGAAUUUGAGGUGCCGAGGUUCAAGUUUGACCCGAGCGUGCUGGGGUUCGUCAACAGGGACAGACGGCUCGGCAAAAACAUACCUGGUUUUUGGCCAGGGGACCCGUGUGAGUUUGGACUGCUCUCUUUCCACACUCGUGGGAACAUGCUGGAGCGACCAGCACGCUACGGAGAAGAUGAACAUCAAGAAGCACUACACGCUCAAGGAAUUUUGGCUUCAUAUGGUUGGCUACUUCCUCAGGCUUGCUACCAAGGCUUCUCGACCUUUAAUGAAGUGACGUACCCGUUGGUCACUCAAACGGUCAUCACAAACGGACGAUUGUGGUCGUUUUACACGUACCAGCUCAACACUACACUCCUGCACGCCCACUAUGCUACGGAGAACGAGCGGUGCAACAUUUGCUGGGCCACUAAGCCUAUGGCAUUGUAUGAGCGGGUGGAGGAUGGUAAACUUGUAGGUUUUAACCCAGAUGUGCUGAAAACCUUGCUCAAGUUCUACAUAAACACGCCACAACGUAGAGAAGGCGUCGAACUAAAACCGUUUCUUAACCACAAUGUGUUGCACGUAGCUGGCAUUCAGGACGAUGAACGCCGGGAGUGGUGGGAGAACCAGUUCAAGUACAUGUACUCCGGCAGGCCGCGCCAUAGACUUCCGUACGAGAUGUACCAUUGGGAGAAGAUAUACAAGAUCGACCACAAUACACGGCCCCUGGACAAGCGAACACGCCCGUUUGAGCUGCCAGGAGUGAAUCCUUACAAGAGGCGCUACGAUGACCAUGCUCCCAAAUACAUGCCGAGAAAGCUGAGGCCAGAAGGGAGGGAAAAGGGGUUCCGCAGAAUCACUUUCUACAAGACGUUCUACAACAAAUAAGUGCAGAUUGUUUAUGCUGAAAUUAACAUCAGCCUUACAUUCUUGUAGGGCAGAUGAUAUUUUAUAAAAAAAUUAUAUUUGUAAUUAGGUAUGUGUUGCAUUAUUUAUAACAGAAAAACAAUAAAGUCACAAAAGAAACUAGAAAAA